AAGAUAAUUCAAUUUCCGCACCUUUUUCCAUUCUUAAGACUUGAGUAUAAGGUAAAAUUUGUACAUUGUAUGAAGUGUUUUUAUCUUUGGGGAACAGUAAUGCCCUGUAAGCCCCUGGCAGACAGUAGUACAUUUGACAGCAGUCCAAAGAGGUCAGAGGUAACAUUUUUCUAAGGGUUAUAACGCCUGCGUGGGUUCUUUUUGAUCUGGUGACACUUCUCUGAACAGACUGCUUGAAUAUUUACCCUCUGGGAUUAGUGUGUUAUGUUUGUCCGUCUGUACCUGGCAGGAAUAAUCUGAUGAAGCUGUGAGGCCAGUGAAGUAGGUUAGCAGGAGAAGAUCGCACUUAGUCAAUUAAGCUGAGAGGAAUCCUGUUCAGGUGCUUUCUGUCUAUCUUAAACAAUCGUCUGUCGCAGUCUGAGGGCAUCUGAUGUUUUUCAGGAAGUCCUGGCUGCUGAUGUUUUGGGCAAUUUAAAAAUCUUAAUUUUUCAUUUAGUUGUUUUAAACUGGUCUUUGUUACCCUCUGGUUUACAACUCUUUAGUUGUUUUAAAAUGGCAUUAACAAUGUAUAUAAUAAUCAAUGCCCUGUGGGAAGAGAGAAAUGCAAACUAUGUCACUCAUUCAGCGCAUGAUGCUAGAAGCUGUAAUGGCAAUUUUUAAGAACCCAUAAAACCCUUUGACCUGGUCAUUGUAAAACCAUACGCAACUGUUAAACAGGCUGUUGUAUGCAUUUAACCUUUUGCCCUGUUUCUAACUACACUCUAUGUACAAGUAAACCGCAGGAUGUUGAGACUUCCCUAACUCAGGAACGUGUAACUGUGUGCUGUUUUAAAUGUGCUGAUAACAUUGUCAUGUCAGUCUGCUUGCGUACCACUUUUGUCCAGACUGAAAUAUCUGAAUCAGUACUGGAUGGAUUGCAAUGAAAUGUGGUACAGAUAUCCAAGUUUCCAGAGGACUGAACGACUUUGGUGAUCUCCUGACUUUUCAUGUAAACUCUAAUUUGCCGAAUAAUGACCAAAAACCUGCACAACUAAUGACAUUCCCAUCAGUCUCAGCUCUAAUUAAAAAAUGAAUUCCACUGUAUGGUUUUUUUAACCAAAGUACCACAGACAGUGGGAAAUCACGUAACAAAUAUCAAGUGAUAUUUUUGCAAGAAUAUUCUACAUCUGUAACAUUAAAAAGAAUAAAAAAGCGGAAUAAAAAACAUCUUAAUUCAUUACAAAUAAAAAGGUUGCGGUUGGCCUUAUGUCUCGUCACUUUAAAAUCCUUAAAUCAACUUUGUUUGCUAAUCCCGCCUCCUCACCUAUAUUUACAACUGCUUAAAGAAACUUGGAAAGGCACAAAUAAGAUUAAAUUGAUGACUUGCCUGCUGCUCGCCCUUGAUCUCCUAGUCUGAUGAAUUAAAUGUCAGUGUGUUGUCUUCACAGUAACAGUCAGAGAGGGGAAUCUCUUUCUCUACCCAUGACUCUCCGGACUACAAUCUCAGCCACCAGAAAAACAGGAAGCCAUGCUAUUCAUCAGGGUUUCAGUUCUGCUGCACAAUUUCUGAUGAUUCAGGAAGAUACCAUGUGUUGAUAGAAUCCUUUUCCUGGAGUGCUUCCUGUUAUGCUUUUUCCCCCCUUUUUUUCUUCUGUUUCAUUGACCUACUGCCUUGAACCAUAGCUGCUAUGGCUUCAGAGAAUGUCCAACUGCAAAUGCGAUGUUUGCAAAACCGCCGCUCAACUGUCGACUGUCUGUCAAAGGGUGUAGAGGACAACAAAACAUUCCCAUUUUCUCAGGAGAAAGCAGUCAAAGCCUGGAGAUCUCUGGAAAAUCUGGACAGUCCUGGCAUUAAAGUAGAGUGCCCCAAAGCAGAAUACAGACCAGAACAGCAACAGAGCAUCAUCGUCAAUGUCGGGGGAAAGGUCUUUCAUAUCCCUAGAAAGUGUGCCGCUCAAUAUCCUAAAACCCGGAUAGGCUCAUUGGCCCUCUGCAGGGACAGAGCAAAACUCCUCAAGCUUUGUGAUGACUACUCUGUACGCAAGGACGAGUUCUUCUUUGACCGCGACCCUGCCUUCUUUCACCACAUCUUCCAUUUCUACACAAGUGGAGUGCUGUGGGUCAUACGGGAAAUGUGCCCCAUCAACUUCGAGGAGGAGAUUGCAUUCUGGGGCCUGAGCCUGAAAGACACUCAGCUCUGUUGCUGGAUGAUGUUUGAGGAGAGGGUCGACGAGGUGAAGGACAACCUGAAGGUGGACAGGGAGCUGAUGGCUGAGACUGAGGUGAAGUAUGACAACGAGUGUUUCAAGGACAUGAUAUUUGGGAAUAUGCGCAAGACUCUGUGGAACUUUGUGGAGGAUCCAUACUCUUCAACUCUGGCAAAGGCUUUUACUGUGCUCUCCAACCUUUUUGUGCUCUUCUCCAUUGUCGCAAUGACUCUAAACACUGUGGAGGAACUUCAAACAUACAGAAUUAACAACAGAACGCACAUGGAAUGGGUGGAGAUCAUCACCAUUGUGUUCUUCACCUUUGAAUAUUUAAUCCGCCUUUUCACCACUCCUAACAUCAUCAUGUUUUUGAAGAGUGGACUCAACUUUGUGGACAUGGUGGCAGUCAUGCCUUAUUUCAUCCAGCUCAUCUUUGAAGCCUUUACUGAUUCUGAUGACAUGAAUGCACAGGAAGACCUCAGGACCAUGGCUCGGGUCAGCAAGCUCAGCCACGUCCUCAAAAUCCUGAAGCUGCUGCGGAUAUUUCGGAUUUUGAAGCUGGCCCGACACUCCACUGGCAUGAAAGCAUUUGGGUUCACACUGCGUCAGUGUUACCAGCAGGCUAGUUGCGUUUUCCUUUUCAUUGCCAUGGGAAUCUUCACUUUCUCUGCUCUCCUUCAUUCAGCCGAGUGGGAGACUGAGGGAUCUCCUAUCAGCAGUAUCCCAUAUGCCUGGUGGUGGGCUGCAGUCAGCAUCUCCACUGUGGGCUACGGGGAUGUGGUUCCUGUAACUGUCCUGGGCCGCAUUGUGGCCUUUGGCUGCAUCUCAUUUGGAAUCAUCCUGAACGGCAUGCCGAUCUCUUUCCUCUUUAACAAUUUCUCUGAAUACUAUGCCAAGCUAAAAGCCCAGGAGUACAACACUGCCUUCAUGCAGAGGCGCUUUCUGCUUAAGAAGCGCCUCCGACACAAAAUGGAGGGAUGUCUUCAUUCUGAAGACAACAGUACAGAGAGCCACUGCGAGUGCCCACACACUGAAAGUGAAUCUUAAAAUUGUUGUGAUGGUAUGAUAAUUAAUUGGGAGUCUUCAGUGUGAAUGUGUUUCAUGAUAAACUUGAAACUGAGUCUUUAUGUGUGACAAUGUGUUAUUUAAAGAUAUGAGUGACAUUGUGAGUAUGAUUGUGAGAAACAGGGCAGGAAAGGGGAAGUGGUUUCUACAGGUGCUACAAUUCUUUGCAUUGUGUGAUCAACUUUAACUUUCUUUUCAAACUGAUAGAUGAGAAACACAGAAGAAAUUCUGAAAAGAUUUCCAUUCACACUGACUCUCGACUCAACUUGAACUUGUGAAUUGCAAACAAUGAGUGCCUGUAAAUGAAAGGACACAUUAGAAAUAAAGUGAAUGCUUCAAUACAUAAACUUACACUCAUGUUUCUUAUCAAUACUGUCAUCAUGAUGAUGUACGGGAUCACUUUCUAUCAUAAUAAUAAUUAAAGCAGACUGAUGUCUUACAUUUAAUCUGGGGUGGGUAUUAAACUAUAAACCACAAAGACAUUACACAGUAAAAUCUAAAUAACGGACAAAAGGUUUCCACCCCUUCUCCAUUUUGGUUGAAAAAGCAUUUGUCACAUGAACAAUGACAUGGGUAAAUUGCUGUCAGUUAUGUAUUUUUUAAUGUGUUUUUUUUUCCUUUGGGGUUGAACUGUUUUUAUACUUCAUUGGAGUUAGCUUGCCUCACAUGUCCUGUAAAUAUUCCUUUGUUAGAAUAAUUUAUCAUGCUUCUACAUUAAGAUAAAUUAAACCUGAACACUCAGCAUCAUGCAGUGACAUCCAGUUUGUUAUAAUGUGGUAAGAAGUGUUCUGAAUAAGGUUUCCUCUGUAAACUGACUAGGCAUUUCCUGUGAUCUCUUGACUAAGUACAAAGCUCCUGCACCUGUAAACAGCUUUGUACUUGAGUUCCCGUAAAUGGAGACCUAACGUGACCUUAAAUGUACAUUUCUAUUAAUUACAAAUGCUUUUAAGAUUAUGCAUGCCCACUCAUGAGCUCACAGUUCAAGACACCCAGCUCUUUUUCAUCCAGUUGUUUGGCCCAAAUACUUUGCCCCAAAAGAUUUUCUGAAGAAAGAGAGAAGGACAGAGACAGAGACAAAGUUGCAAAUGAUGAUGAUGACGAUGACGAUGACGAAGACAGCGACGACAACAGCCACAACAAUUGGGGACAAUGGACAAUAAUAAUAGUAACCAUAAUAAUUAAUUAUAAUUAUAAUAUGAUAAUAAUUAGCAGUGGGAAUCAAGCAGGACCGUGGCAGUAGGCACCACCAGGAUCCACGAGAACCUGCGAGACAAAAAGCACAAGAACUCCAGGGACGAAGAGAAGUUAGUAACAUGCAUUAAUGGGACAUGAAUGUGUGCAGAAAGAGGCAAAACUGGAGGGAUUAAAUACAAUUUUUCUGUAA